UAUUGUUAUCUUGACGGGGAUCAAGUUAUUUUUUGAGACAAGUUUUAAAUAUAUUUACAUUGUUGGUCUUUAAUAGAUACUAGGACUUGUCAAAAAUAAAAUGGGAAGAAGAAAGUCUAAAAGAAAGCCUCCGCCGAAAAGAAAAAACAUUGAACCACUUGACCAACAAUUUAAUUGUCCAUUCUGCAACCAUGAAAAGUCAUGUGAAGUUAAAAUGGAUAAAGGGAGAAACACUGCCAAAAUAACUUGUAGAGUGUGUUUGGAAGAUUUUCAGACUGGAAUCAACUUUCUUUCUGAGCCGAUUGAUGUUUACAAUGACUGGGUAGACGCUUGUGAAACAGCAAAUUAAAUACAGUUUCUGUAUAUCCAGUAAACGUACAAUUAAAACCGAUGAAUUACUGUUAGUUUUAUAAUAGUCAUAAUAACAAACGUACUUUAAAUAGACGAAAUACAAAUUUACAUGAUAAUAUAAA